CCACAUAUUUCCGGUUUCUGGGUUGCAGGACUCCAGGAUGGAUUUCCUCACCCUUUUCCAGUUUUUGGUUGCAAUUGUUGUCAUUUUGAUAAUUUUGGCACUCAUCAUCAUUUACGUCACAUCCGAGGCUUACCCAGAUCUGAGUCGACAUGAGAGUGAGAAAUACUUCCAGGACCCCAAGGCAAAAAAGCAAUCAAAGUUUGCAAGUUUGUUUGAUGACGCAUCUGUACAGCUGUCUGUGAUUGUUCCGUCCUAUAAUGAGGAAAUGCGAUUACCGGUGAUGAUGGAUGAAACAUUAGCAUACUUAGAGGGACGCCAAAAAUCAGAGUCAUCAUUUACAUAUGAAAUAAUAGUGGUCGAUGAUGGUAGCAAAGAUAACACAUCACGAGUUGCCUUGGGAUAUUCUGAGAAAUAUGGGUCUGAUAAAGUGCGUGUACUUACGUUUGUGAAGAACCGAGGAAAGGGAGGGGCUGUUAGAUUGGGAAUGCUAAGUGCUCGUGGUGAUCAGCUGUUAUUCGCCGACGCAGACGGUGCAUCAAAAUUCAGUGAUAUGGUCAAACUAGAAAAAGAUCUGGAAAAGAUUAACACGCAAAAGCAUGGUAUGGCAGUAGUCUGUGGAUCAAGAUCACAUCUAGAACAAGAGUCUAUAGCUGAGCGAUCUUUAUUUAGGACCUUCAUGAUGCAUGGCUUCCAUUUCCUAGUCUGGUUCCUCUGUGUAAAAGGCAUCCGAGAUACGCAGUGUGGAUUCAAGAUGUUUACACGAGAGGCAGCAAGAUUAUUAUUCACCAAUCUCCAUGUGAAUCGCUGGGCGUUUGAUGUCGAUCUGCUCUAUGUCGCUCAGACUUUCAACAUUCCAAUCAGUGAGGUGGCAAUUGCUUGGCAAGAAAUAGAUGGUUCCAAAAUGGUUCCUGUUCUCAGCUGGAUUGAGAUGGGAAUCGACCUCUUCCUCAUAAGAUUACGUUAUUUAUUAGGCGUUUGGAAAAUUACGGAGAAACCCAAGAGAGAUUAGCCGUCCAAGGAAACUCUUCAAGGACAAUUCAGGACACUGAUUUUGGUCACAAGGUGGUCAAGGUUUUCAGCUAGGCAAUUUUGACCUCUGUAAUCAGAGCACCUCUCUCUAUUAAGGACAGCAUUUCUCAGUCCCUAGGGUGUCCUUAAUAGAGAGGUUUUCCUGUGUCAUAGAAGAUGUUCUGAAUUGGCACCUUCUUGCGCUUUGUGGUUUUGGUCAUUGUGGCAGUGUUUUGAGCCCAGAACAGCUUAUCGAUUCGGAUCUAUGUUGAUUGCAGUUCCUAGAUCAAUUAAAAAUAGACCAUGAGAGUAUACUGAUUUCCUAAAGGGGACUGUAGGCAGGAGCUAGGAGUAAAAUUUGCAGUCUUCUGUGCUUCUUGUAGUGUACAAAACUGAAAACCUUCUGUCCUUGCGAGACAGUCUAAAAGUCACAACCUACAAACUGUACAUAUAUGACCUUCAGCAAACUAUUCUUAUUCAUUUUGCCAAAUAUCGAAAUUAAUGUAUGUGUGCAGCACAUGAAGAAAAGCAGUACUUAUUAUCAUAUCAAUAAAUAUAUUUGCUAACCAA